UUCUUCUUUUAUUUAAUGGUGAAUAAUUAUAUUGUCUAUAUUUUCCAAUUAAAGUUGAAUUAUGUUAUAUAGUUGUAGAAAAUGGUCAAAGGAAAAAGACAAUGGCUGAAACCAGGUGAUUUGAGAACUAAGAAGCUAACAGAAUAUGAGAAACAAAGAAAUAAGCGAAUCAAGAAGAACUAUGAGGUAAUGAACAAUCUUGGAGUGAAGAAUAUUACAAAUUCUUUGAUGAGUGUGGUUCAGCCCAAAUGUGCAAAUGCAAAGGAAAAGAAAAUUAGGGUUGAGGUAGAUGAUGAUGAUGAGUAUAAUCCGUCAGAGAGUGAGAACGAUAGUGAUAAUGAGUCAUUGGGUUCCUUUUAUCGCAAGGAACAAGAGAUGCCACCGGGGUUACGUUUACAGCCUCAUUCGAGGCCAUUAACUCCCACCCCAGAAGAAGGGAUGGAUCCCCCACGUCAAGAGAUUGGUACCCAACCCUAACCACCUCAUAAUGUGCAACCUGUGCAUGAGGUGACUGCAUCUAGUAGUGUUGCAUCACAUGACAGACGUGGUCGUGGUCCAACACGCGGCAUACAAACCCAACGCAUUGUCCAGAAAAAUGGAAAGAUGUUGGUUCCUGUACCUGAACAUUUCCGUGCGCCAGUGGGAGAUCAAGCCUCUAAGUUGGCCUCCAAGAUUGGCAUAGAGGUUCGAACGCAAUUACCAGACUUGAGCAUUUGUAGGUGGAAUAAGGUUCACGAUGCUGAUAAGAAGCCGAUGAUCCAACGCUUGGAGGAUCAGUUUGAUCUACAAGGCAAUCCGAGUGAUGUAGCAAGGACUUUAAACACACAGUUUGGUCGGCGAUUGAGUAGCUUCACCUAUAGGUUGCACAAACAAUACAAGCAACUUAAGGAUGCAAGAGGGGAGGAGUACGCGAGAAGCCACCCACCUACAAGUGUUACUCUUAAUCAAUGGACAUCUCUAAUUGACAAGAAGUGGAAUAGUAAAGAAUUCAUGGAACAAUCACUAACUAAUGUGAAUAAUAGGAUGCAAAUGAAAACAAAACAUAGAUGUGGAUCAAAAUCAAUCCCGGUUAGGGUGCACAGCUCGAUAAUUGCAAAUGGAGAAGUUCCUGAUUUGGCAAAGUUUUACAAGUCCAUCCACUAUAAUUCGAACACACAUGAAUGGAUUUCGUCGGAGAGCCAAGCUAAUUAUGACAACAUGAUAAAGACGCAAGCCGAACACCUCUCGCAGACUGGUGUGAUCCCUUUAAGCCAAGAGGAGUUGUCAGUUAAGGUACUUAAGCCAAGGUCAGGUUAUGUGAAAGGACUCGGCUUGAGGCCUUCUUCUUCUAUGAAGACUACUGUUGUACCUGCUGAAAAUAGUGACUAUGUUCAACGCCUUGAGAUGCAAAUAGCACAGCAAAAUGAACAAAUAGCAAGGUUUCAAAAGUCAGAGAAGAAACAAAGCAAGAAGAUACAAAGUAUCAUAGAGUGUUUGACGCAGAAAGGUAUCACGGGAAAUUUUGAGAAUGGGGAAAGUUCAGAUUCUGAUGAACAAGCUUCUUGAUUGGAGAUGAACGAAUUUGGUAACCUGCAUAGCAAGAGUUUUUUGUUGAUAUUACCAGACACAUCCAUCACAGUGUAGUUGUACUUUUUGUUGAUAUUACCAAACAUGUAUUUUGACUAUGUUGUUGUGGGCUAUGAUUAUAUUGUGAUGGAUCUUA